AUGUGGUUCUUGUCUCUCCUUACUAUACUCGCUUCCACCGUUGUCGCUCAGCAGCAUAAUACCAGCCCGUAUGUCGUCGGAUCGGGUGGUAGAGGCUGGAAGUCGUUCCCAGAGGUUAUUGAUGCUACUGCAUAUCCGGAAUGGUUUUUAAAUGAGACGAUAGGGGCUUAUAUUCCUGCAUACCAAACCACUGGCCUCGAUACGAAAAACGUUAAGAGGGCAGUUAUCGUCUUGCACGGAAGGGCGCGAAGAUGCUGGCACGAUUGGACUGCCGCAAACAAUGCACUGUACCAAGCGGCCUACGACGAUCACACCAUCAAACGCGAAGAGAUAUCUAUCUUGGCACCAUGCUUCUUUGACGAAAAUGACCUGAAAGCGGGCGCAGCGCGGCAGGGUCAGCUCCUAUGGCCAACGACUCGGACAUGGAUGGGCGGACAUCGUAAUGUUGGACCGAUCUCAAUAUCCAACUACAGCAGCUUUGAUGCCCUCGAUACUUUAGUUGGCUAUUAUAUGGACAAAAAUCUCUAUCCUAAUUUGAAGGUCGUCGUCGUUGCGGGUCAUUCAGCUGGUGGUCAGAUGAGUCAGCGCUAUGCUGCCCUGAGGAAAUCGACUGAGAACGAUGAUCGAUUACAUUUCUGGAUAGCCAAUCCGGGAUCACUAUUGUGGUUAACAACAGACCGUCCGUUUCCUGACGGCACGUGUGAUUAUGAUAGGUACAAGUUUGGUUUGGCCUCCGGUUUCCCCCGCUAUGCAACGGACGCACUGGUUCUCGGAAGAGAAGGCAUCAUUGAGAGAUACAAGGGGCGCAAAGUCAGUUAUGCCUGGGGGCUGAACGAUCAUGGCAAUACGGAUAGACGCUGUCCAGCAAUGACUCAGGGAAGCACUCAUGUACAAAGGGGCAAGAAGUUUGUUGCGAUGCUGGAGCAUAUGGGUGAUAUACCUAAACUCACUACCGUCGAUUGGAUACCCAGCGUAGGCCAUAGCACCGAGAGAAUGAUGUCAAGCGAUGUGGGUAUCGAUAAGUUGUUCCGGCACACGGAAACUGGCUCGGGUGCUUCGACCGGGGAUUAAAAGUGGAAUCGGGACAGCACACGGUCACUGUUGGCUUGCAACUAUUGCUUAGACACCUCCAAAAUGUGAUAAUACCAGGCAGUCAGAAGGAUGACAAUGGACAUUUGUUUCGUGACAGUGGUAUAGGACACUUUGAACACUUAGAUAACGAUACGAAGUUUACAUAGAACUG